GGUGGGUGGAUGGGGGUGGGGGCCCGUUUCGCGUUUGGUUAUUCGGCGUGACCGACCGCAUUCAGGCUUAGCGGCGAGUUUCAUAAUAAUCGCCUCUUCAGAAGUAGCAGCGCCGUUUGCAAGAUCGUUCACUCUCGAGCCUCGCUAUCCGCUUCAUUAGCUGGGUGAAUCUCGCGCGCAGGAGGUCCUUCCUCCCCCCCCCCGCCGUGGUAAAGUCAACGUCGAUCGCGUCAAUGUCUUUUUACAGGCAAGCGUCCAGCCUCCGUCUUAACACCAUGCACGUACAGUGCCCUGUAUUCGUGUAAACGCGCGCGAACAGCCGGGUUGAACGGGAGUUUAAUUAAAAUUGCGCGUAUCAUUUGAUCACAACGAAACGUUUGUUCGAUCGCCUAGCUGGUCGGUGCUUGGACGUCGGCGUUUAAAGCGAGCUUACGUGCGCAACGCUUUAGGCUUUGCUGUACUGUAUCUACCUGUGAGGUGGAGCGGUGGCGCUGUGGUUAGCGCACCGCGCUCCGAAUCGUGGCUGGGAUCUCCCGGCCACGGCUAUCAUCAGUGGCGAGUGAUAUCUGAACCGGUCCUGUGCACCCCACCACCACCACCACUCACCUCCCGCCGCCACCUUCAGCCAACCUGCAGUGACCAGCGUGGUGAAGUAUGGUCAAAUCGCCUACGUGACAAAGUCGCCUGCAACGGCGUAGCCGCCAGCUUCGCUGAGUGUGCACCGAGACGCGAGGCUGGUGCAUGGCGCGGGGGUGCCGUGCCACCCUGGAGCGCCAGCGCGGACAACGGUCGGCGCUGUGACGGCGAUGGCAGCGUCCCCAAAGAGCAAGCAGGGGAGCGAGGGCACGGAGAGGUUGGGUCUCACCACCGUGGAAGCCCUCGGUAUCCUCAAGCAGCAGCUGGAGAAGGUCCUCGCCGACCACCAGCGGCAGCAGGAGGACCGACCUCGCUCGCUGGCAUGGCAGAGGAGUUUCUUGCACCACGGAAACCGCUGGUCGUGCUUCCAUCUGCUCGGCGCUCUGCUCAUGCUGCUGGCGGGCAUGCUGCUUCUCUGCUGCCAUGGGGGACAGCCCAAGGGCAGCGAGGGUGCGGAGCUGGUGAAUGGGCUGGCGUUGCUGGCGCUGCUGGGAGUCAACCUCUACGUGAUGGGGCGGCAGGCGCGGCUCAAGGACACGGAGAUCCCGCGCCGACUGCGCUCGCUGCUCGACGGCAUUGGCGACACGCUGCGUGAGUGCGGCGAUGGCCGCACGACCCCCUGGGAGAAGUUGGCCUACCCGGACCUGCUGAUGCCGCACUCGAAAGCCAUUGCACUGCAAUGGGCGUACCGUGAUGGUGCGCUCAUCAACCUCCCGCUCAGCCUCCUCGUCGAGGGCGACGUCAUCUCGCUACGGCCCGGCCAGGACGCCCCCGUGCACCUGCGCGGAAUCAAGGACGAGGAGCACCUGCUGCUGGCGCCGGGCGACCUCUUCCUGCGGCCCUCGCCGCUGGCGUCGCCCGUGCCGUGUGACCGCGGCCGCCCCCACGCGCCGCAAAAACCGCGGCAGUUCCGUGUGACGCGCACACCCGUGCUGGAGAGCGUCAGGAAGUGCCUGGAGGGUGGCACGGGCCGCCCCGUCAGCGUGCUGGACAACGAGUGCUUCGCCGCCCGCACGCUGCUCCACCGAUUCGUCGUGCCCGCCACGCUGCUUCUCCUGCUCGUCACCAACGCUCUGCGGUUUAUCCUGAAGGCGCCCGGCAUUGGAAGUCCUGUUUACACGUUCAUACAACUGCAGGUGAACGGCGUCCUGCCGCUGUUGCCGCUCAUCUUCCCGGGGCUCUGGGUGCUGGUGAACGCGUACGGUGAGGCCAAGGUGCUCGCGCAGUUCAGCAAGGCGCCCCCCACGCCCUUGCUCGCUAAGUUCUCUGAGGACACUAUAAGCAGCUACACUGAAGUGGUGUCCUCUAAGGAAAUGUGCCUGUGCGAGUGGAGCCAUUUCAUCCGCGUCCUCCGCGGACGCUCGCCGGCGCUGUGCCAGACCGGCAGCCUCCUGCACAACCUGGGCUCCGUCACGGUGCUGUGCUGCGUGGACAAGCAGGGCGUCCUCUCCUGGGCAAACCCCAGCCCCGAGAAGGUGGUCUUCUUCAGCAGCCAGCCCGGCCCAGAGCCUGGCUACGACGAUGACGACGAAGACGAAGAAGAAAAGGACGACGAAGAUGAUGACGAGGAAAUGGGAGACGAGGAGCGUGGGGACGAGGUGGACGAGGUGGAGGAGGUGGACGAGGUGGCGGACGCCCGGAGGAGGAAGGCGGGCAGAACGGCGGUGUCGUCGUCGUCGAGCUCCGUGCGGCUCCUGGAGGCCGAGUGGGCUGAGCAGUUACGCGAGACGCAGUCCCUCCUCCCACCGAGCGCCGACAUCGAGCGCGGCCUGGACCAACCUCCCCGCCCGCUCGAAGGAGGUCGAAAGUCAUGUGCCGCUCCUAGUGCCACCACCACCGCCACCAGCAGUGCCAACGCCGCCACCUUCACCGUCGGCUCAAGCCCUCGGUGCUGCCCGCCAGCGACCCCCGGGGCCAAACCGGCGGGGGCGUCCGUCGUCAGCUUCUGCCAGUGCGUGGAGGGCGGCGCCGGCGAGCCGGAGAAGGAGCGGCGCAGGGACGGCCUAGAGGUCGAGGCCAUCGCUGAGCUGGCGGAAGAAGAGGAGGAGGAGGAGGAAGCGGUGACGGCGACGGGGGCGGAACGUCAGGGCGACGGCGGGGACGACGUGGACGGGGAGACGGACGACUUCGUGUGCGACUACCGCCUUGAGGUGCUGAGCCUGUCGCAAGACCAGCAGAAUCCGGCGAGCGUCCAGUUCGACGACGCGCGCUGGCCGCUGCACGCCACCUCGCUCAAGCCGCUGGGCCUCAACGUGCUGCUCACGGCGUGCAACGCGCCGCUCGCCCCGCGCACGCUGCGCCUGUGCGACCACCUGGCGCAGGCGGCUCGCGCCGGCAGGGCCGCCUCGUCCUGCCUGCCCACGCGGCCGCCCUGGGGGCUCUGCGAGCUGCCUCGCAUCAUAGGCUUCACGCCCGGAGCCAAAGACGUUUUCUCGGUCGAGAGCUACUUGGCGCUCUUCCAGCUGCCGAGCGGCGAGCACCUCCCCUCGGGGCGCGACCGCGCGCGCCGCCUCUCCGCCGUCGUCAAGCGCCGCCUCCCCAUCGGACACCUCGUCUCUCUCCUCGUCAAGGACCUCAAUUCUGGUGACCUGCAGCUGCUGUCCCACGGCACGGCCGACGUGGUGCUGGAUGCCUGCACGGACUUCUGGGAUGGGUUCGACAUCUACCCGCUGUCUGCCUCCGACAGGAAGAAGGUCCUCGAUUUCUACCAGCGCACCUGCCUCUCGGGAUACUGCGUUGCCUUCGCCUACAAGCCCAUGCACGGGCCGCUCGCGCCCGAGCUGGACAGGCGCUGCGUCGAGCUUCCCCCGGGUCACGACCCCUUCGGGGCCAUCGCGGCCUCCGCCAACGCCGCCACCGCCGUGGCCGCCCUCUCGGCCCCCGCUGGGCCGGCCGAGAACCUGGGGGGCACUCGCCACGCCGACACCCCCGGCCACACGCCCGUCAAGACGAGCGGCGCUCGCAAGAACAGCUGGAGCUCGGACGAGGGCAUAGGCGAGGGCGCGGAGAGAGGCGAGGGCGUGCAGGCGCUGUCGGGGCAGAUCUUCAUGGGGCUCGUGUCGGCGCAGUACCAGGCGCGCCUCGACAUCGUGCGCCUCGUCGACGGUCUGGACAGCGCCUGCAUCCGCUUCGUCUACUUCUCCAUGGAGGACGAGCUCCGUAGCAAGGUGUUUGCGGAGAAGAUGGGCCUGGAGUCCGGCUGGAACUGCCACAUCUCGCUGCAGUCCAGCGGCUACGACCUGGGCACGGACGCCCCCCCGCACAGCCCCAGCCAGGCCAGCUCGCUGCACGACCAUGCCCAGCAAGAAAGGGAGGUGCAGAUGUUGCUGGAGGAGGAGACGCACUCGGACGUCGUGAGCUACCCUCCCACGGACAGUGACGCGCCCAGCAUCCUCGAGUACUCCAACCGGGCGAAACUUCCUCGAGGCAUCGAGAACGUGCGGCCGCACCUCGAGAACAUUGACAACGUCCCGCUCCUCGUGCCACUCUUCACGGACUGCACGCCCGACACGAUGUGCGAGAUGGUGGCGGUGAUGCAGGAGCACGGCGAGGUCGUCUGCUGCCUCGGCAGCUCCGCCAACGUUCGCAACGGACGCGUGUUCUUGCAGAGCAACGUCAGCAUCGCGGUGGACCCUCUGUACCCGUCACGGUGCACGUGGGAGCGGUUCGGCUUCGCGCCGAGCGGCAUGCCGGCCGACACGGAGGCGCAGGGCGGGGGGCCGCUACGACUGUCGGGCCAGCUCAACGGGCUGCCCUGCUCCGUGGCCUUCCACCACGAGGAGAACCUCAGCAUCAUCAAGCUCAUCAAGCAGGCGAGGCACACCAUCAACGGCAUGCGCAAGUGCUUCCUCUUCCUGCUGCAGUGUCAGCUAUCCCUGGUGCUGCUGCAGGUCGUGAGCUGCCUAGUCCAGCUGCCACCACCACUCAGCACGACCGACGUCCUGUGGAUGUCCUGUGUGUCGCACCCGCUCAUCAGCGUGUCGCUCCUCGGCAAGCAGCCGGACAACUCCGUCAUGACGAUCGCCACUGGCAAGAAUCUUAUGGUGCUGCCGCGCAGGACCGUGCACUACUAUGUGCUCUGCUUCCUGGGCAAGUUCCUCCCGUCUGUGUGCAUUUACCUGUGCUGCUUCGCGCUCACACUCAACGGCUUCUGCCGGGCGGGCAGCGAGAGCAUGGGAAACCACAACGCCACGCACUGCGACGCCUACCCCUUCAGCCAGUUUGAUGGGACACUGUGGUUCGGGGAUUACUCCAACGCUCUGCUCCUGGCGCAGAAAAUCACCGCCGGCUUCCUACUCCUCAACAGCCUGUGCGUCCUGGUGACCCACGUGCAUCGCACUCAGCCGCUCUGGAGGCACAGUCCCUUCACCAACACGUGGUGGACAGCAAUGGUGCCCUUACUGUUGGCACUGCAAGCGGUGCAGGCGGCGGUGGAUGUGCAGCUGUGGCGGAACGGGGAGAGCCUCGUGGCGGUGUGGCUGGCCGACGUUCCCAUCGUCACGUGGCUGAUGGGCUUCCUGUGGCUCGUUCCGCUCGUCGUGAUCAACGAGCUCAUCAAGCUGCAUGAGAUCCGGAUGCGCGUGCGCUACCAGAAGCGGCAGAAGCUGCAGUUCGAGACCAAGUUGGGCAUGAACUCUCCCUUCUAAGCGCUGGCCAGGCGGUGCCGGUCGCCCGUCUGCGCCGCCCACCGCUCUGCUGAGCUCAUGGCGAGAGACGUGCUGUUCACCGUGCUGUUCACCGUGCUGUUCACCGUGCUGUUCCCCGCGCUGUUCACUACCGUGCUGUUCCACCCCAACCCCCCCCCCCCUCCUCCGUUGUCCCGGAUAUGACGAGUCGAAUUGGACAAAAUCGACGGACACGACGCAGCCAACCUUUGCCGGCGAUCACCUCCCUCUCUUCCUCCUGCCUCAUCCUUGGUUUUCCCUGUUAGCGCGUUGUCUCAAACUACAACGGAGGGGAAUCGGCGAUGAAAACCCAAUACCUCUUUAUUUUUGUCCGCUCUUUGCAACCAAGCCACGCCCGGGGGCCAUGCUGAGCAAACCCGGCACGGCUCGGCAGGCGCCGGGUUGUUUUUCCACAGCAGUCGGGCGCCGUGCCGCCGACGUCACGCGCAACGUACGAGCUUAGAUGUAAGCGUAUACGUUGAACUGCUUACCGUACGUAGCCAACCGUGCUAAUCGGAGGUACGGGGGAGGGACAAUAAACUAACACACAAAAAGCAGUUCUAAAGAAAUUAGUUUUCAAUCGAGAUUUAAAAAGACGACGCGACGUGACGAACGUGUCGUUCGCCCCCUCCGCCCCUGGCCCUGCUUGGCCCCCCGAGCCAGAUUCAGAUGCUGUCGCGAGGGCCCGUGUAUCACGGUUUGGUUCCGGCUCGGCACGGUAAAGUGCCGGCGGCGAAGCCACCCGUUAGCGUGUGCCGCGCGGUGCCCUGCCGCGCUGCCCUGGCUCGGAUGCACCAGUAUGAAAAACGGGUAUUGAGAGAGGAUGAGUAUUAACGAGAACUGGGGGAACAAAGAUGGGUUACUUGGCUUCGGAAGGAACUGGCGACCGGUUUGAGACCCGGCGUGUUUGAACCUCGACUUCCGUCGCGGACUUGGCGCCCUCGUCGCCGCCGCCGCCACUUCUCGCACUCGACGGCGGGAAGUUGUCAGCGGUUGUGCGGAGACUGAAUUCCCGCAUGGAAAUGUGGGAAAUUUACCACUGGCUCAGGAAAGGCCUUCGGAGAUAAGAGCGCCGCCCUUUCUACUUGUGCUCGGUUAACCACUGGGAGACUUUGACUCUGGAUGUAAUUGUUACGUCACGCGUGUGUGUGUUUUGUCUUGGAUACUCGUAUGCGCCGUUUAUGCGCACGUUAUUCUAUGAGCUAUAUAUCAACAAUUUGCCUUGCUGCAGUUUGGCCAGGUUAUAGGGAUGGCUUCCCAACUCGGUGUAUGCAGUGUCCCAUCAGGUUAGCGUCUUCAUUGACAGGUUCAUAUACACAAGAGGAUAGGUAGGUGCUCCCACUGAAAUUUGAGUCAAGUAAUUUAUUAUCCAUUUCAGUCGUCAUCAGAAGCCGUGAUCAAUCUACUGCUGGAUGAAGGCCUCCCCAAGUCACUGCUGCCUCGUGAUCCUGCAAUGUAACACUUUCGCCUGGCUCCUCCACACGAGCUGAUUUCACCGCACCAUCUCCAUGGUACUCUACCUUUAAAACAGAUCUCCCUUUUGCGCCACCAGUGACACCUUCACUUUUAAAUAUGCAAUCAAACGAAAAAGGUCUUGAUUGAUUUCAUGAAUCCAUUUCAUUUAUGAUGCUACCAUCAGUCGUGCCAAAUGUUUAUUCUGUUUUAUAUCUGCUUUGGUUUUCAUUCUUUAAUUCUAUCUCUUGACCUGGCUUUCGGAUGCAUUUCUCAGACUUUUCACUUUGGCCAAACUGCACAGCCCAGAGAUGGGCCCUCAUUCCGCACACGGGCCAAACAUAAUGUGUUUAGUACAAUGAUCAGAGCGUUGGCCUCGUUUUCUCACGUUCAAAGGUCGGUCGUGAAAAUAGGGAACGCGACCACAAAGUCCGUCCAGCAAUCGGAUACUGUUGCGUGCAACUUGCAAUCGGUUUCCUACUUUCAAAAUCAGUCGAGCGUUUGUACAGCAGUCUUGAGAGCGUCGUUUUGGUUACGUCGAAAAAUAAUGGGGGAGGAGGUGGGUGGGGUUGCGGUUGUUUUUACGUUUAUUUAUGAAAUAUUUGCUGUGUGUUGCAUCAAUACUCGUGUAAUAGCGGAGGUCGACCUCCACACGUGGCAACUCCAAAGUUGGUGCUACAAACGCCACUUACGGGUUUUCCAGUUUCAGCCAACACUCGCAGUUGGUAUAGUUAUUCACGACAAUGUAGAGACAAAACGCAUAAUAAUACUGAUGUUCUAUGGGUGCUGAGCAGAUGAACAGUUUCCAGACGAGCUCUCCAUGGCUCGCGACGUAGCUGAGAGAGACGGUAGUACGGCAGUACGGCAAUACAUUGAUUAAUCUAUCUGAUCGGAGGUUUGGAGCAUCGCCACUUUUUCAUAUGCGUGGGUAUCCUGCUCCCACACGCCACGCAAAUGUUAAUUAAAUUAGCCAAGCAUCCCCAAUGUAGCAGGACCCACCUGCAAAAGAAUAUUGUGACUCACUGAGGCUUUUUUCUACUAUUAUUGCAUCAGCGAUGCCAUCUGGUAGAGGGAGCCCUAACGAAAUCACAGCUAUUGCAUUACGAUUGCACUCCUCGGAUAAACCAAUCUCUUGAAACCGAGAACACCUGGAGCGAAGUGUGUAGCCUGCCCCCAAACCCGGUCACAGACCACUCAACUCGCGCACCUCAGCCUAGCAACACGCUUCGGCAUAGUUGUAUAUUGUUGUCAUUGCCAUAGAAACGAUGACUGGAUUUCCCGAAACCCGGUUGCCCAUGGCAGUGCCACUACGCUAUUGGCUGCGGCGCAGAUAGGCGGGCGGGCCUCCCGAGGUUUGGGGAUCGGUUCGAGACGGCGUCGUUGCUCCAUUGAGGAAAAUUUACCGUCGCCGAAAUCUCACGCCUGUGGCUAAGUUGUCAAGUUUUACGUUUGUCGUCGAAAAACUAAAAUGUGCAUUUUUAAAAGCGUCUCCAUGUUUAGUUGCAUAUUUUAAAUGUGUGUGUUUAACUGUGCCUAAUAGAUCAGGGAUGAGUUUCAGUAAAAAAAAUAUAUAUUU